CCACAAUGCCGCGCGGCAGGGGUUGUCGUGUGUGCGCUGUUUGUGGUGCUGAAGCUGCGCGUGCCUCGGAGGCUGCUGCCAUAGAAAUCCACCCGAGCAUCCUUCCGCGAGCGGACCAGAGCGAGGAUUCAUUUGUUUUUCGGAGAACUGAUGAUUGGAGCAUGUUCGUGCCAGCGCGCCUUAUUUAUCUCUUUUUAAACGCAAAUAUCCUUUAAAUUCAUUUGACAUUCGUUCCUCAAGCACAAGCAAACAAAGACGUUUCUGAAGCCCGUGUCUUGGCUGUUUUUCGGAGCUCGUCGUCUCUCCGGUUCCGCUGCCUGCCCUGCCGUCUCUGCCGAUCUGUCCCGCAUCCUUUAUGCACAGCACGCUGCUCCGGUCCUCCCCAAAACACACAUUCGUGUCCGAGCACCAUGGCCCGCUCCAGCCGCCUUCACUGAGAGACAUGGAAGCCAAACAGCACCAGAUAAAGAGCCUUAAAAGCUACCCGGAGACCGGUGGCCGGAGCCUGGCUGCGGCCGCCGGAAGCGACGGCGGUGGGUAUCGGGCCGGCUCCGCUGAAAUGGAGAUGGAGGCGAAGAUCCAGAAAGCCAUCGACUUCAAGGUGGAGGGUCACCGCUGCUACAAGGAGAAGAAAUUUCGUGAAGCGAUCGGCAAGUACCACCGGGCGCUGCUGCAACUCAAAGGGGUGCAUGUUGUCGACGGGACGACGGGCUCCGAGGUCAACCUACUGAACCAAGCCGCGGCCAAGCUGACCGAGGAGCAGCGGAGAGCCGUGGAGAGCACCGAGAUCGAGUGCUAUGACAGCCUGACAGCGUGUCUGUUGCAGUCAGAGCUGGUGAACUAUGAGAGAGUGAAGGAGUACUGCCUGAAGGUGCUGAGCCACCAGAGAGACCACUUCAAGGCCAUGUACCGAGCCGGCAUCGCCUUCUAUCACCUGGGUGACUACGAAUGUGCCCUACGCUACCUGCGUGACGCCAAGAACCGUGAACCCACAGACACCAACGUGCUGCGGUACAUCCAGCUGACAGAAAUGAAGAUGAGCAAGAGCGGACAGCGGGAACGAGAGAGCGGCAAAGAGACCCAGGGCUAACCCUUGACCUUUUCACUCUCCUGACCUCUUGACCUUUGACCCUACAAGCAGUCCCUACAUCGACCCUCCCUCUCUCCUUCUCCUCCUCCUCCUCAUCCUCCUCCUCCUCCUCCUUCUCUAUCGACUUGUGACAGCAGCACAGCCCGCAGACAGAAGAGACGGAUCCAAUCACCCGCCAACGAUGGAUAAAAACGGGGGAGACAUAUCAAGUACUGUCUGCAACCCAACCUCCUUUUCCUAUUCUUCUCCCCCCUUACUCCCUCAGGUGCUGUGGUUCCUCUCCCUAGACGCAGACAGUCGAGCAAACAUUAAAAAAACAACAAAAAAAACAAAGAAAAUGAUGUAUUAUAUUCAUAUGACAGUCAAUGUGGUGGAAUGAAAAGGAGCUUCAAAACACAUGAAUAAUGGACAUUUGAGUAAUUUAGUAAAUGUUUUAAAUACAUAAAAUGCAUUUUGUUUCUUCUCUCUUGCUCUCUUUUUCUCUCUCCGUCUUAUUUCAAACUCCUAAUACUGGGGGUUGGGAAGCUCGAACACACCAGUGUGUGUAUGUGUGGAGGCAGUGUCUAUAAGCAGGGGAUAAUGAGGGGUGUUGGUGACACAUAUCAAGACCAUAGCCCAAUUUGAUUGUACAUCCUACCCUAACAGGGCUCACUCAGACCCCUUACCCAGAUAUGGGACAGACUAGCAAGAGAAAUCAAGUAGAGAAAAGGCCUGCCUCUGCUCUUAAUCUACCGCUCUCACUUUUCUUUCCUGAAUACCAUGUAUCUCAGUUGCUGGACUGUUUUUUCAAUUCAAGGGCUAAUUCAAGUGUUUGUAAUCGUUACUAGGGUUUUUCAUUUGCUUUCGGUGUUCAUCAUAGGCUACUCAGUAGUAAUUAAUUGGUUGUUAAUAGCAUCUGUGUGGACAGCAAAAUUAUCCAGCGGUCCCCAGGUGUGCUAUUGCGGAUCUGUUGUCCAAAGCCCCUCCCGAGUCAUGUGUUGUUGUUGUUGAUGUUGUUGAGACUGUCGAAGCCCCUCCCUUCCUUCCUCCCUCCCUCCAACCCACUCUGUUCCCCUGUUAAUGAUGUCACAACGGAAAAUAGCCAAUGGGAUUGGAGUUCUAUCAACCGCCGUUGGCUCGAUGGAGAUCCACUCUAAAGUUUCAUAGCGAGGAACACUUUAAAAAUUUCUAAACGUAGCUCCAACCUUUUAUCGCUAAUGCUGAAUCUUCCCAGACAUCGAUAACACACCAGGGAGACUCUGGGCAGCGUUAGUGCAGGGAAAAACAAUCACACACGGCUGUCCUGGCAGCCCAAACCGCCACCUUGGAGCAGUCAGUGUUAGUGCACUUCAAAAAGAGUGUGCCAUUUGAGAUUUCUUCCUCUUUCAGUUUAUUGUACAUUGAUAGAUUAAACAUCUGUGUUUGAAGAAUUGUUCCAAACAGACAGAUAACAUACGGCAUUAGCAUUAGACAACACUACUGAUAUGGCUUGUGGCUCCAUGGCUAGCUGUCAAAAGAUACAUAAAUAAUUUGCCACUGCUUCUCUUGUGACUUGUGAAGCAGAAUCAUUGAUAAUGCAAAUAUUGCUUUUAUGAUAGCUUUACCACAGGCUUAUAUCUGCCUGCCCUGCAGAAGGUUGGAUUGACGAUUUGUCAAAGCAUGACCUAAAAUUCCCUCGUCUCUGAUGCCAUGAAACUCUUUCCUGUGUGCAAGCACAACUCCUGCAUGUAACGUGCGACUCCAGAGAGUUCUUUCAGAUGUAUGGGAUAGGGAUUAUAUCCUACUCUACUGCUUUCUGUCAUGGCAUGCUGCCACACUGUUUGCUCAUACCUCUUUUUUAUCUAUUCUGCCCUUUAAAUAAACACAGACGGUAGUGACAGACUGUGAUCACAGCAGUAGAAUAAGUAUCACAUAAAUCUGGAAAAAGAGGUCUUUAAUAAAUGAGGGUCACCUUCGGCCUCGGCCAAGGUGAGGGAUGAAGAGGUAAUUUCACUGCUUAAGAAAUUCAAAAGAGGGGUGGAAAUCAAAGAAAGAUGCUGUAUUAGAUUUCCCCUCCCCAUUUUCCAGUGACCUGCUAAGAGGUGAAUAGGGAUCUAAGUGUGUCAAUGGGACUCUGGAGAGACGACACCAUGCGUUGAGGAGAUCGGCAUGAUACAGAGAGGCUCCAGUGGAGGGAGAAGUAGGCCAUCAUCAGCCCCAGAAAGCAGCAGCAACUCCAAAAUCACUCAGAGACAGGUUUAGAGAUGGAAGAUUUAUCAUCAUACGUCAUAUGGCUGAAGACACAGGUGCAUCUCAAAAAAUGUGAAUAUCAUUUUCAUCCGUAAUUUAAUUCAAAAAGUGAAACUUCAAUAUAUUCUAGAGUCAUUACACAUGAAAAUAAAUAUUUCAAGCCUUUUUUUGUUUUAAUCUAGAUGACUUACAGCUCAUGGAAAUCAAAACUCGCAUUUUCAAACAAAGAAUUUAUAAUACAGAAACCGACCAAAACACCUGCAAAGGUUUCAUGAGCCAUUAAUCUCUCAGUCUGCUUCUGGUGCUCACAAUGAACUUUUCCACAAUAUAAAAUGUUUUACAUGCACCUGUCAUAUCAUAGCUUACGUGUUUUCCUGGUCUUGAUGGCUGUAUUGCAGGAACAUGAUAACAGUUUCUUAAAGGAAACAUUUCAACAUUUUGGAAGGGGUGCUUAUUUUGCUUUCUUACCGAGAGUUAGAUGAAAACACUGAUACAACUUUUUUGAAGAAAUAUGAAGCUGCAGCCGGUUAGCUUAGCACAAAGACUGAAAACAGGGGGAAACAGCUAGCCUGGCUCUGUCCAAAGGUAAUGAAAUCCACCUACCAGCAUCUCCAAAGCUCACUAAUUAACAUGUUAUAUCUUGUUUGUGUUGUCUGUACAAAAACUGACUUGUAGAAACUUCAAUUCUACACUAUUUACUAUUUCUCGAAGUUUCUGCUUAUCUAACUCUCUCAAGAAAGCAAAUUAAUUUAUUUCUCAAAAAGUUGAGCUAUUCCUUUAAACUAUCUGAUCUUGCUGAAGGAAAUAAUUUGAUGCCACUACUUUUCUGAGCAAUUCUCAUUACUAAAACUAAUACAGCGAUUAUCAUACCCAAAAUAAUGUGAAAGUCUUAGGAGCACUGAGUCAAAUUAGACAGCAUCACCCAGCUCUGGAGUUGAAGCAAAGACAUAAGAUGGUGAAGGCUUCCUUAGUCUUUUUUAUUCUGGUAUCCCAGAGGAAAUGAAUCAACAAAACAACAAUGAGAAUGGCACCUGCAGCCUCUGUCUCCAUGGCUGCCUGGGCUGAGUCUACUCACCCACGAGUCCCUCGGGGAUAGGUCUCCUCCCGUGGUCCUCUCUCCAUGGCACCACACCGCCAUCUUGUUUUUGUCUCGCUGUGCUAAGUCUUUCUAGCUCAACGUGUACUACGACCGUCUUGGGGAUAACUAGCUGCACAUAAGACAUUAGGUUAAUUUCUGGCUGAUCAGUUCUUUUAAUAAUGGCAGAGCUGACUCCAAGGCUGUUAUUGUGAGCAUUAAUCCGACAACACUGCUGUAUGUGCAAAUAGAGAUAGAGACACCUGAUGUCUACAUCAGUGUAGCUUUGAAAACAAACAACAAAAAGCACAACAACAACAACAAAAAAGAGACGGAAAAGUCAAACUACUGGCUGUGUGAUUUUUUGCUUUUUUGCUUUGAUGUCAUUUGAGGUAAAUGUUUGUCAAAUGUCAGAGUUGUUUUUGUGACUAUAUGAUACAAAUGUACAAAAAAAUAACAAAAAUGGAAAGGUUUAUGGUUGUGAAAAGCUUUACUUAAGGAAAUUACUUUAUCAACGGGAAAGAAAAGUAAGAGAUGGAAAAGAGAAUUUUACCACAGCUCCUCCACAGAGCUGCUUUGUGACUGUGUCUGUAUUUCUUGGUACUUCUGUUGAUGUCCCUUACGUCAGGGGAUCCAGAAUCGGCUCAGAUUGUGUGCAAUGCCCUUUGACCCCCUCCCACCCCCGUCCAAAUGACCUUUCACCCGACUCAUCUGUUUCUGCACAGUAAAGCGACCAGUAACACAGUGGAGGAGAACUCUGAUGAACUCGUACCAGAGCACAGCGCUGCUCCUCACAACCACAGAUCUCCAUCCUGUCUGUUUCUGUGUGGAUGGAGAGAGGGGGGAAAAAAGGACAUCAAGCUGGGGACGUUAAGGCAAUGACUGCGUUUCAGGCUUCCAAGAGGCCUUUUUCCAUUCAACAUCCAAACAUCACCGGCCUCCAUCACUGGUUUUACUUAACUGCUAGCCCGGGAAUGCACUAUUGAUUGGUAAAUGAAGAUUAUGAAUAAAGUUUCAAACAAAGAGGAA